AUGGCCCCGACUCAGGCCAAGUACGUCCUCGUAUCGCUGCCUCUCAAGACCUUCGAUACAGACGACAGACAAGAAGCCCUCGAGUCUCUAAAGACUACCAUAGCAUCAGAAAAUGGGACCGUCUUAUCUUUCCCAGUCCCAAACUUUAAGAUAGGAACUCUGGAUGCCUUGGUCCAACAGGCCGACGAUUUGGCAAAGUUGAGCACCGGUUGUGAGGCAGUCGUUAGCAAGGUUGGCGAAUCUUUGCGCUCUUUAUAUGAAGGCAAUGAGGAGAAAGCCUCCGAGCAAAAGAUGGUCAACGAUAAGCCGACCGAUCAGUACCUCCGCACUUUCUCCUGGAACAAAGUUCGCUACAGAGCCGACAGACCCGUUGGUGAACUGGUUGACAUACUACAAAAGGAGCUAGCUACGAAUGACAGCGACGUCAAAAGCAAAUUCAACCAAUAUAACCAGGUCAAAACGAAUCUUGUCACUCUGCAAAGAAAGCAAACGGGUAAUCUUGCAACCAAGUCGCUGACACCCAUUGUCAAUCCGUCAUUAUUAGUACAAGACUCGGAAUACCUCGAAACACAUCUCGUUGCUGUGCCUGCCAAUCUUAAGAAAGACUAUCUCAAGAGUUACGAGACCAUUGCCCCCAUGGUAGUCCCGCGCUCGUCUAUACAAGUUGCCCAGGACGAAGAAUUCAUUCUGUUUGCGGUUACCACAUUCAAGAAGCACGGGGCCGAGUUCCAGCAGAAGUGCCGUGAGGCAAGAUGGACCCCUCGCCAAUAUAAGUACGUCGAGGGUGGCAAAGAGGAAGAGCAAAAGGAGAUAGAGCGUGUCACGCGAGAAGAAAAGAAAGUCUGGGGUGAGGCCUUACGGUUGACUCGCACGGCGUGGAGCGAGAGUGUCAUGAUAUGGGCACAUGUCAUGGCUCUCCGGGUCUUCGUUGAAUCGGUGCUGCGCUACGGCCUACCCCCGGACUUUGUGUCCGCCCUCAUUUCAACAAACUCCAAGUUGGUGAAAAAGGUCAAGCAAACGCUAGACUCGUCUUACUCGUACCUAGGCGGAAACGCAUUUGGACGGGACAAACGGGGCAGAAUCACAAAAGAUGACGCAGCAUUGACGUCGGAGAUGGCGGCGGCCGGGUUAGGGCACGGAGGCGAAGGAAACGAGUACACGGCUUACGUGUAUUACGAGUUUGACCUGUAG